AUGCCACUAACCUUCCAUUUUCACCUGCCAUUCCUCCCACCUCAAUUCUCUCUCUCUUCCAAUCCCCACCGUAGACCGCCGUCAAUUCUCUUCACCUCCCUCCGAUUCCGACCAACUUUCUUAACCACCUCCGGCACGGCUCUUUCUGCUAUCGGCCCAGAUGGAAAGUAUUAUCCUAACCCAUCAGAUGAUGACCCACCGGAAGCUGCAGAAGACUCUAUGCACGGAGUCGACAGGUUCCAGCAAGUUCAACGCCAAGCUGCCCGAGCCCGGAAGCUCCAGGAGGAAGAACUCAAGAAGAACCAGUCCAUUUUCGUCAAUGCGCUUGCUGAUAUUGAAGACCCAGAUGAGGGUCCCACCUCCUUGAACAAUGACGAUUCCGGUGGGGAUGAUUUGUUUGGGGAGAUUGAUAAAGCUCUCGCCUUGAAACGGAAGGAGUUUGUCAAGAAAGGGCUCUUGAAGCCUAAUCCGAAGAAAGCAGCUGCUGGGCAGGUACUGAACCAGGCUGCUGCUGAUGUUGACGUUGGAGUAGAUGAGUUGGAGCCCGAAGAGGUUGUUGAUUUGGAGGAAAUCAAGGAGCUUGGAGGGCUGACUGAGGUUUCUGAGGAUGAUGUUUUUGGUGGGAGCGAAGACGAGGAUGAUGGUUCAGACAAGUCUGAUUUUGAGGUGAGUGAUCAAUUGAAUGAUGGCGAACUUUCUGAUUUUGAUCUUGAUUUCGAUGAAUUGGGUAAGUCUAAGGCUAGAAUUGUUGACCCUAAGUUUAGGAUGAGUUUGGCUGAGCUUUUAGAUGAGAGUAAAGUCGUACCUGUAUCUGUUUAUGGAAAUUUAGAAGUGGAAAUUAGUGGAAUUCAGCACGAUUCGCGGUUGGUGGAGAGUGGUGAUUUGUUUGUGUGUUGUGUUGGGAGAAAUACAGACGGACAUCUCUUCUUAUCUGAGGCGGAUAAGAGAGGAGCCGUUGCGAUUGUGGCAAGUCAAGAGAUAGAUAUCGAGGAGACAUUGGGAUGUAAAGCUUUGGUUAUCGUGGAAGAUACUAAUGCGGUGCUUGCCUCAUUAGCUGCUUCAUUUUACAGGUACCCAUCAAAGAGUUUGUCAGUGAUUGGGAUUACAGGAACUAAUGGGAAGACUACUACUUCGUAUUUGAUAAAAGGGAUGUACGAGGCAAUGGGAGUGAGGACAGGAAUGUUGAGUACUGUGGGGAAUUAUGUUCACGGGGAUAAUAAGUUAGAAUCUCCUGAUACAGCCCCUGAUGCUGUUUUAAUUCAGAAGUUGAUGGCCAAAAUGGUUCACAAUGGAACAGAAUCUCUAGUUAUGGAGGCUUCUUCUCAUAGUUUGGCACUAGGUAGGUCCGAUGAGGUUGAUUUUGAUAUUGCAGUUUUCCUGAAUUUAACAAGAGAUCAUUUAGAUUUCAAUGGGACUGAGGAGGAGUACCGGAGCGCCAAGGCUAAGUUGUUCUCAAGGAUGGUUGACCCAGAACGCCAUCGGAAAGUUGUGAAUAUUGAUGACCCAAAUGCAGCAUUUUUCAUAGCACAAGGGAGCACAGAUGUACCUGUUGUCACAUUUGCAGUGGAUAAUAAGAAUGCUGAUGUACACCCAUUGAAAUUUGAGUUGUCUCUUUUUGAGACCCAGGUUUUGGUCAAUACACCUCAAGGGAUCUUGGAGAUUUCAUCUGGUUUGCUAGGGAGGCAUAACAUUUAUAAUAUCCUUGCUGCUGUUGCCGUUGGCAUUGCAGUUGGUGCACCUUUAGAAGACAUUGUCAGGGGGAUUGAGGAGGUUGAUGCAGUCCCUGGUAGAUGUGAGUUGAUAGAUGAGGAACAGGCAUUUGGGGUGAUUGUUGACCAGGCACAAACUCCAGAUUCGUUGUCUAGAUUACUUGAUUAUGUUAGGGAGCUUCGUCCUAAGAGGAUUAUCACUGUUUUUGGUUGUUGUGGCGAAAACGACAGAGGAAAAAGACCUCUUAUGACGAAGAUAGCAACGGACAAGAGUGAUGUGACGAUAUUGACGUCUGAUAAUCCCAAGAAUGAAGAUCCAUUAGACAUAUUGGAUGAUAUGCUGGCUGGUGUUGGAUGGAGUAUGCAGGAUUACUUGAAAUAUGGAGAGAAUGAUUACUAUCCGCCUCUUGCUAAUGGCCACAGGCUUUUCUUGCAUGACAUAAGGCGGGUAGCUGUACGCUGUGCAGUUGCUAUGGGUGAAGAAGGCGAUGUGGUUGUUGUUGCUGGAAAGGGCCAUGAAACCCACCAGAUAGAAGGUGACAAGAAGGAAUUUUUUGAUGACCGGGAAGAAUGUCGUGAAGCAUUGCAGUAUGUUGAUGAGCUUCACCAAGCUGGAAUUGAUACUAGCGAAUUCCCAUGGAGAUUGCCAGAGAGUCAUUAG